AUGUUCGGCAAUACAUUUGAUGACGUGAAAAAGUUUAACAAGCCAUUUAUUAGAAAAACUGCUUCUGAAACAUCCCAACUCAUGAUCAUUUCAAUAAAACUUUUAACAAAUCGUCAAGCAUUUUGUUUUAUGAGAGUAGAAGAACUUUGUCAUCGUUUCUCGAAAGAGCAACGAGAGAUGUUAAGAAGGAAAGCUCAGCUCAUUAAACGCAUAAAUAUGAUAAUGGCUGGCAUCAACUAUGAAGAAGAGAAGAAAUAA